GGGCGGUGUUUUCGACGUAUUGGGCUACGGUUAAAACUGGUUAUACGGUUGUAUCUUUGAAAUCCCAAAAUGACAUAUGAUAUCUCCGUUCCUGAUGCUUAUAGAUACAGAGUUAUUUUCGACCAGCUGCAACCGACCUACGGGAAAUUAUCUGGUGAAAAAAUUAGAGAGGUGUUUUUAAAAUCUCAACUGCCAGUAGAAACUCUUGGAAAAAUAUGGGAUCUUUCGGAUAUCGAUAACGAUGGUUGUCUAGAUCAGAGUGAAUUCAUUAUUGCUAUGCAUCUUGUUCAUCGUUCACUUAAUGGAGAAAGCUUACCAGACAAACUUCCUCAAAGUUUAAUUCCGCCGGAUAAAGAAGGUUACUUUUCGAACACGACUACUACUACUACUACCUCCAAUCAUCCUGCGCUCUGUUCACCAGCUAUGACCACCAGUGAAUCGGAUUUUAGUCUGGCUCUAGUUCCUAUUCAGUCUACCACCGCAACAUCUGAAUUAUUAAGUCCAAAGAUGGGAAAUGUUAGAGAUUCAUCUGCACUUGCAUUAGUGGCUUUUUCAACCGGUGUGGAUACAUUUACUACACAAUCAACGCACACAAUCCCGAGUGUUUGGUCUCUGUCUAGUCAUCAUCAUCAGCCUUACCUUCAGUCUUAUAUUUUUCCUGAAUGGGCUAUCUCAUCAGAAGAGCAUGCCAAGAAUUCAAGAGUAUUUGCUGCAAUCGAUCUGGAUGCUGAUGGAUUAGUUUCUGGGCCGGAAGUGAGAGACAUUCUAAUGCGAUCUGGACUACCUCAGGAUAUUUUAGCUCAAAUAUGGGAACUGGUUGACAUACAGAAUACAGGUCUCCUAAACAGCGAACAAUUUACAGUUGCUAUGCAUUUGGCAACAGAACAGUUAUCUGGAGGUUUAUCAGCACGUUCACUGCCAACUGUACUUCCACCCUCUCUAAUCCCGCCAAGUUUACGACCUACUCCUCCUGAUCCAUCGAUCUUUGAAGAAUCAAAUAAAUUGAUUGCUGAAAUAGAAGCUUUAAAUCGAGAGAAAUCUGCUGUAGAAUCAGCUUAUGCAUCACUGGCUAACGAUUCUCAGCGCCGAGCAUCGGAGGCUACUGCGAAACAACGUACAAUUGAUACAUUGAAUCAUACAUCACGUUAUCUAGCUAAUCAACGUAUUGAAGCUGAACGUCGCCUGGCUGAUUAUCAUCGUGGUAAAGAAUCAUUGGAAGGUGUACUCAGUGAAAUUAAAAAUCAUGUGAUGAAUGAACGUCAAAAAGUUGAAGAAAUGCGCAUGAAAAUCAACUCUCAACAAGCUUCAACGAAAAGUCAAAAAGAAGAAAUUGCCUGUUUACGAAAUGAACUCAACGAGCUGAUAAGAGAAGAGGCGAUGUUACAAGAUAAAAUUGCUGAAAAUCAACGUCGUUUAGAACAGAUUGAAAAAGAAAAUCGACUGGCUCAAUCACGUGUAGAUCAAGCUAAUAUGAAACUAGGCGCCUUAGAAUCUACACGGAGUCAACUGUUAGAAGUUCUUGAACAGUACAAUGGUUUGUUGAACGGUGAUGAAAAUGCAAAGGAACCAGAUGAAGCAAGAGUUAAAUCCUUGCUUUCAGAUGAAAGUCCAGAAGGUAGCCUGCGAAGUAUCGAUACUGGGCUAGGCGGUAUCACUUGGUCGAACAGUUUUGGACCUAUAACCACCACCUCUACUACAUUUGGUCAGUCAACAUUAUCAGCAUUUGACACAUCACGAGCGAUGAACACGGGUGCUCAAUCCGUACCACUGCCUGUGAUGCUGACCAACCCUUUGCCACGCGGUGGUGAUUGGAAGACAAGUGAUGAGAAGGGUCGUUUAAAUUCUUCACUUGGUUUUCCAUUCCCGUCGGAUCCUUUUGAUACUAUUGCUGGUGAUCCUUUCAAAGUUCCUUCAAAAGGCAAUGACUUUCAUAAAGUGUCUGCUGAUGAUCCAUUUAGUAGUCUACCGAUUACUAAUGAUCCAUUCGAAGAUUCCGAUCCAUUUGGUCUAGAUCCUUUCGGUUUGCCAUAUUUGUCGAUGGAUAAAAGUAAAAAGUCUACAGCGAAUGCUGCUGCAUCUGCAUUUGAUCCCUUCAAACCAGAUACAAUAUGCCCUACAACGCUGCCGGGAAAUUCUUUACUUGGUGCAGAUUUUGAUGCUGUUUUUGGGCCUUCUAACAGCGGUGGAAUUUCAAAUAUGACAGAUCCAUUCGGUAGUGAUCCAUUUGCUGCUCCUCCUGUGACGUCAUCAUUAUUUAUGGGUAGUAGUACAGACAUGACCAGUGGCAAUAGGGAGGUGAAGAACAAUAAUAAUAGAGCAAAUUUCGGGAGAAAAUCUCCACCUCCACGACCUAAAACCCAGCCAACUCCUGGUAAAUCUCGAGCUUUCAAGAUGUCUGAAUGAAUAUUUUUGCAAUAAAAAUUAAGUAGUAUCAAAGGGAAAUCUGAGACACGAAGUGAGACGUAAAAGAGAAAACAAACUAUUAGCUAUGGGGCUCACUGUUUGAUGUUGAUCAUGUGUGGUAUGUUUGAAGGUGGAGUUUUAUCCGUACAGUGGUAUUUACUCUCUCCAAUGGUUGGCUGAAAGAUAAAUCGGGAUGUAUGGACUCCUGGUUCCAUCUUUUCUAGCCCCAUCCUGCAAAGAGACUGAAGGUGAGAGAUUGCAUGCUGAUUUCCCUAAACAAACAAUUCUGUACUGCAAAUGUGUUGUUGUUUGUUUUGUUUUUUUGCAGUCAAUGGAGUGCACUUCAAGUUUCGCAGAUAUUCGUUCUGCUGCCGGUGGCUGUGAUGAAGGUGAUGCUGCUAACGAUGAUUUAGGCAAUUAUUAUUAUUCAUCAUCAGCAACCACAGGCAACUCCAUACGAACUCGUAAACGCUUAACAACAACAGCAAGUACACCUGGUAAUUCAAUUCCUCCGCCAACCAAAUCGUUGUCAGCGUUCAGUCUGAUGAAACCGAAAUCCUCAAGCAAGACAAAAAAAGACCUACAAAAUCACCACUCCGCAUCAUCAACAGCAUCACCCUCGGCGAAUAGAAAAAAUAUUUCAAAGUCUAGUGAUGUGAUUAUCUUGUCAGAUGAGGCUAGACUUUCAUGGGCUAUUAUGGAAAGCCAACGUCUUGCACAGAUUGAAGAAGAAGCUCGUCGACAAGAAGAGGCUGACCUGGAACUUGCACUUCGAUUAAGUCAGUUGGACUCAUCUGGUCGACAUUGAUCAAAGAAAAAGUCAAAAGGAAGUAUCUAGUAUCUAUUGUUACUCUUUCCAAUUUUAACUAACUUAUUCUCUUUAUCACAUCAUCUAGGCAUUCACUAUUAAGCCAUCUUAUAUACAAUCUUGAGAUCGACAUUUUGUUUUUCCUAAUUAUUCACUAUCGUUCAGAUGAUCGUAAUCAGUUGGACGGUUGGUUGUAAUCGUUGUUCAUUUUGUGCGUGUGUGUGUGUGAAUUUCAGUAUUUUUUAAUUUUCGUUUCUUAUUGUUUGUUUCUUAUGUAAUCAAGGUUUCUCGUUAAUUCCUGUUCCCACUAACAAGUUGUGUACAUCAGUAUGACUGAAGUUGUAUUUGUGAUCUGUUGUAUUAUAGUGGGGUUGUGUAUUCACACAACAGAGUUUGGUGAUAUGUUUGUCUGUCGUCUACCGUGUUUCUCUACUUUUUUUUAAUUUCUAAUAUCCUCAUCGAAGUGAUUUUUAAUAUUAUUAGUCAUAUAAAUCAUAAUAUGAAUGAUAUAUACAUGC